AUGGAGACGGAGAGAGACUUGAUAUACUUACAUUUACCAUCCAGCCCUACAACUAUACCCGUCAACACUCGCCUCACCAGCCACGACGAAAUCACAAUACCGCAGGUCCAGUCCAGUCCAGUCCAGGUACCUAUACCCUUCCCUACCCGACAGCCUGCAGACGCAGAGAACGGACGUACCCCUACCUUAGUCAACCACACCCGUCAGCAAUGCACGACAUCUAUUCCCAGCACCAGCACCACCUUACCGGAGCCCGACCAGUCCAAGCCCGCGGACACGUACCGCAAUGAAGUGGAGCCCCGCAACGCACAGCAAGCACCGAUUCUAGCGCUGUAG